AUGAUUCAGUUCUACUCUAACCUUCAUUUCCCACAUGGUAUAGAGCUCACUAUCCUAGGCCUCCUCUCGUUCCAAAGGCCCACCCGGCCGCCGCAACCCCCGGCCUUCAUAUUUUUUUUUCCCGGCUCCUCCGCCGUCUUCCCCCUUCCCCCCUUAGCGCCCUCCUCUUUCCGCAGCCUCAUCCCCGCCUCCGCGCCCACCGUCGCCCCGGCCUCCCCAGCCGCCGCCUCCCGCGCCGCUCUCCCACCCCCCUCACGGCCUCGUCGCCGCCUCUGCGCCCGCGCCGUCACGGCUCCGCCAGCCGCCGCCGCCCGCGCCGCUCCCCUCCGCGGGCUCGUCGCCGCCUCUGCGCCCGCGCCGUCGCGGCCUUGCCAGCCGCCGCCGCCCGCGCCGCUCCUCCCCGCGGCCUCUACGCCGCCUCCGCGCCCGCGUCGUCGCGGCCUCGCCAACCGCUGCCACCCGCGCCGCUCCCCUCCGCGGCCUCGUCACCGCCUCCGCGCCCGCGUCGUCGCGGCCUCGCCAGCCGCCGCCGCCCGCGCCGCUCUCCUCCGCGGCCUCGUCGCCGCCUCCGCGCCCGCGUCGUUGCGGCCUCGCCAGCCGCCGCCGCCCGCGCCGCUCUUCUCCGCGGCCUCGUCGCCGCCUCCGCGCCCGCGUCGUCACGGCCUCGCCAGCCGUCGCCGCCCGCGCCUCUCUUCUCCGCGGCCUCGUCGCCGCCUCCGCGCCCGCGUCACCGCGGCCUCGCCAGCCGCUGCCGCCCGCGCCGUUCCCCUCCACGGCCUCAUCGCCGCCUAUGCGCCUCUUGCAGCUGACAAAUUUGCCAUUAACUGGCACUCGUUCGUCGGCAGCAUCCGCCGAGUCCUCAACGAUGCAUGGAUCCCCCCCUACCGUGUCCUUGACGUAAUCCUCCGCCGCCCCCAUGCCCUCCCACCCACCGAACCUGACCACCCCGGCGAGACCCCUCCUCUCCCUCCUCCUCCUGGCGACCCCCCCCUUGAGCCCGAGCUCCAGAUCACCGCCGACCAGUCCACCGCAGAUGCUGAUUUCAUUAUGCGCCGCCGUGCUUACCUGAUCCGCAAAGCCGAAUACGAUGCAGCAGCUGAUGCCUACGCUCAGCUGGUGGCUGGCCGCACUGCUCACCUCGCCGUCGUUGCCGAAUACACCGACGAUAUGGCUACCUUCACCUCCAAGUUCAUCGCCUGGUCAGCCGCUGACAAUCGAGCAUGCACUGUCAUCCUCGGUGCUCUCCCUGACUCCCUCAUGCGUCGCUUUCAGGCCCGGGAACUCCGCGCCUCGGUGAUAUGGAUAGAACUCCAUGCUAUGUUCGAACGCCGCGACAUCAGCUCGGUGGGAAUCCUCUUCCAGGAAUACCUUUCUAUUACCCUCGCCACCUGUGACGCAGUAGUAGACUAUGUCGGCCGCAUGCGCGAGGUAGCCGAUCGCCUCGAAGCCCGCCAAGCCGGCCUCUCCGAGCCCUUCCGAAUCCAUCGCCUCCUCUUCAACCUCACCCCUGACUAUGAAUCCCCCCUUCACGCCUUCACCGAAGCCAAUCCCAUGGCCGAUCUCGCUUCAGUUGAACAGUGGAUCAUUGAUACUGAAGUCAAGCUUCGCACCCCCAUGGUCAACCUCACCUCCUCCCACCCUCCCUCCUCCUCUCUCAACGCUACUCAGCCCCGCAAGCAGGGCAAAAGCAACGGCAAGGGGGGAGGUGGGGGCAAGGGAGGCAGCGGCCAGGGAAACAGCGGCAGAAGCAGCCGUGGUGGCUCCACUGGGGAUGAGCACGGCACCCCUAGUCAGAGCGGUCCCUCUGGGAACCGCGGGCCCCGCCCUGGAACUCUCCCUCCCUGCACCUAUGUCCGUCGCUACGGUCCCCGGGCAGGGACACCCUGCGGUCAAACCACCCAUCCCCUUAACACCUGCUUCAAGGCUCUCGAUGAUGCCUGCACUCCCCCCUGGCAGCAGCAGCAGCUGAACUUUGGCACAGCAGCCACAGCUGCUAAGACCUCCCCUGCUCCCCUGUGGGGUGCCCCACCUCCUCCUGGUAGUGGUGUCUCUCCCCUCACCCAGGAAAGUUCACGGUGCUAA